AACCUGUUAUCCGAAAUGAAGGAAGAUAUUAUUAUUGCUGUCCAAAAUCGUCCAGCCUUGUGGGACAAGAGACACAAGCAACAUCACAAUCGUCACGUUCUGGACAAGGAAUGGAAGGAAAUUGCGAAAGAACUAAAAGUUACAGAUAAAGUUGUGAAGCAAAUUUGGAAGAACUUGAGGCAAGAAUUCAGAAAACAAUUUUCCAAAACAAUUAAGUCUGGAGCUGCAGCACCAGAAACACCCACAUGGAAAUAUACGACCGCAUGGCGUUUCUCUCAAAAGACCAGUUUUUUUGCCCCGCAAAUCAACAGGAAACCUUGCAGAUGUAAUAGCAGAUGA